AUGGUCGGUACCGUCAGAGCCCCCAGGGCAAAGUACACAAUAGUAGGAGAAGCUAUACGUUAUGUCAUUCCUGAACAUAUGCAAUGCUCAAUCGGCUGUGGAGGUCAAGCCUGCAAGUAUGACAACCCAAGUUACUGGAGUGAUGACCAACAGGCCAUAAAAGGCCUCUACUCAUCCUGGGUCACUGAUCAUCUUCUCGCUAUGUCCAGACCUUCAACAGAAAUCAUUGAGAAGUAUAACAUCAUUGAUCAAUUCAGAAGGAAUGAUAUUAAAACAGUGAUCAACCUACAGAUACCUGGUGAACAUGCCAGCUGCGGAAACGCUCUGGAACCAGAGAGCGGCUUCUCAUACCGCCCAGAGGUCUUCAUGGAAAACAACAUUUAUUUCUACAAUUUUGGCUGGAGUGACUAUGGAGCGGCCAGUCUCACCACUUUGCUGGACAUAGUGAAGGUCAUGGCCUUUGCACUGCAGGAAGGAAAGGUAGCAGUCCACUGUCACGCUGGUCUCGGCAGAACAGGUGUGCUGUUAGCAAGUUUUUUAGCCUAUGCUACCAGGAUGACUGCUAACCAGGCUAUAUUGUUUGUACGUGCUAAACGCCCAAAUUCCAUCCAGACCCGAGGUCAGCUGCGUUGUGUCAGACAGUUUGUCCAGUUUCUUGCCCCUUUGAGGAGUGUGUUUUCCUGUGCUGAGCCUCGAUACAAACCAGUAACCCUUUCCCAGUACCUGAACCGCCAGAGACACAUACUGCAUGGCUAUGAGAGGAAGGAGCUGAGGCACCUGCCAAAGAUUGUUCAGCUAGUGUCUCGGUUGCUGGUGGAUAUUGCAGAGAAUCGACAGGUGAUAGAGGAAGACAUCCUGGAGGCCCCUGAUAUAGAUGACAUAGAAAUGACCCUCAGGAUCAUUGAGAAGAUGGGCCCUGAAUUAUUUGCAAAGGAGCCUCGCUUACCAGGUAUUCCGACCUUACCUAGACAUUUCCACGAGCCACCCAUCUUCUACCAUCGCAAAAGUCUGAGUUACAGUGAGUCCGACUUGAGACGACUGGGCUCACAGCUCAACCUCCUCACACAGCCUCUCAGCUCCUUGUCACAGAGUAAUGCUGAAUUGUCCAUUUCCCCACCCGAGGCCACUCUCCCUGCAACCCAGUUUCAGCGUUGUAAUAGCAACACAUCUGAAGUCUCACACAGCUCAACAGGCUCACUUUGGCAAAUCAAGAAUGUAGAAAACCAAAAAGAUGGAUCCAUUCUGCUGAAGAAAAUAAAGCACAAUGCCAUCCAACGCAGUGAGUCUGUGGGAUACAAUGAAUCUGACAAAAAAGGGAGCAUCUUGUCCAGGUGGAAGGCAGAGCAGAGGGAAGAGCUAGUAAUGAAUGGGAGGAAGUGUCACGGUAGAGAAGAGGAGCUAUCAGACAAAUCAGAGGUGCCCUACAUCACCCUGCAGUCAGAAUUGUCCCUGGAUGCGAGGAGGUUGCUAGUAGCACAAGCCCUGGCUGUGGACCUUUUUCUUGAUGGGGAAGAGCAGCACAAGAGCAAAGUCUUGGCCUGGCAGGCAGAACUGAACCAAGGAGGUGGCUGGGAAAGGCUGUGCAUGGAGCGGGAUCCCUUCAUCCUCACUGGUCUCAUGUGGGCAUGGCUGGAGCAGCUUAAAGAGCCGGUCAUCUCUGUCCAGGAAGCCAAAGCCUUCAAUCCUGGCAACACUGAUGCUCAAACUGUCCUCAACACACUUGACCAGGCCCCAAAGGAAACAUUAAAGUGCAUACUGGAUUGUAUGGCUCAUAUGCUGAUGAUACCAGAAGAGGUUGAAAAGGCAUUCCUGAAUCGUACUAUUAAGGCUUUCACCUGGAUGGAAAAUAACUCAGAGGAUGGAAGCAAAACAUACGAGUCCAUGACUACAGUCCUACAGUGUGUCCUGGAGGACAUGAGAUAUAUGGCCGUUGACGCAGAUGAGAAGUCUAUUAUGUCUCCGUUCCUUUAA